GCGACUGCAGAACAAUAGAUAACAUAUGAGUUACCGAAGGAAAUUUCCACACAAUUAUACAAAAUGUGGACAUUGACGAAUCCUAUAAGGAGUUUAAAGAUUUUAUUUUAAAAUAAUUGAAAACACAAGAAGACACAGGGGUCGUUGCGAAUAAAAGUUGUCGAGCCAAUUUCUUGCGUUAAGAGCUGAAAAAUCAUUUAACUGAAAAAUAAUCGCAGCAUACACUUAGUUGGUCAAAUAGAAAUAUCCAAAGAGUUGUUUGCAAUUAUUAAAAAAUUUAUUUUUUAACGCACACAAAUUUAAAAGAUAAAAUGUUUUACUGUCAUGGGAACGGUCAAGGCGAAAUGAUUUAUCGAAUUAUAUAUUACAACUAUAUGCUGUUAGACUUCACAAAUAGUUUUAAGAAGUGUUGGUGGAUAAACAUCUGAGUGCAUAAAAAUCCAAAUUUUAAUAAAGGCCAUUUACAUUUUAAGAAACUUUAAUUUCAAAAACAUCCUAGAUAUCGUAUGGUACAUCCAUCGAAAUUCCCCAUACGCACAAUAACCUCUAUUGCAGUUCACACUGAACAAGAGAUAUUUUUUACAGUAAUAUUUUUUGAUGUCUAACUUUUAUUAAAAGGAGGAGACAUAGAUAAAACCGAUUUAGCAAUCGUCAAACCAGAAAGUUUUUGUAAUAUGGACAAGAAAAUGUCGUCUUCGCAGCCACGUGUAUUAAAAAAAAAACAUUUUCGGGUAAAGCAUCAAAAAGUAAAACUUUUUCGUGCCAGCGAACCGAUUCUGAGCGUUUUUAUGUGGGGCAUUAAUCACACGAUAAAUGAACUAAGUCAUGUUAAUAUUCCUGUGAUGCUUUUGCCAGAUGACUUUCGUGCAUUCUCAAAAAUCAAAGUUGAUAAUCAUCUUUUUAAUAAGGAAAAUAUGCCGUCACAUUUCAAAGUCAAAGAAUAUUGUCCUUUAGUAUUUCGGAACUUGCGUGAGCGAUUCAGUGUUGAUGAUGUUGAUUAUCGCGAGUCAUUAACUCGCUCACAGCCAUUACGUAUUGACUCAUCAGGUAAAUCCGGAGCGCAGUUUUACCAAAGUUAUGAUAAAUUUUUUAUAAUAAAGAGCUUGACAUCGGAGGAAAUCGAACGUAUGCAUGCAUUUUUAAAGCAAUAUCACCCAUACAUCGUUGAAAAACAUGGCAAAACUCUUUUACCACAAUAUUUGGGUAUGUAUAGAAUAACGGUUGAAAGCGGUCAACAUUAUUUUGUCGUUAUGAGGAAUAUAUUUAGUUCCCAUUUAACCAUACACAAGAAAUUUGACUUAAAAGGGAGUACCGUUGAUCGUGAGGCAUCUGAAAAGGAGUUAGAAAAGUAUUUACCUACAUACAAAGAUAAUGACUUUAUAAAGCAAAAAGUCAAGAUUGAAAUUGGAGAAGCAAAAACAAAAUUGUUGGACACUUUAUCAAGUGAUGUUGAUCUCCUUACAAAGUUGCACAUAAUGGACUACUCGCUCUUAGUCGGCAUACAUGACUGUGUUCGUGCUGAAGAGGAAGCAUUACAAGGGGAAAACUCGCAAGGGACUGCACGAAGCGAAAACAGCGAAAGCGAGGAAUGUGAUAGUGGAGAAAGAUGGACUUACAAUACACCACCUGACUCACCGCGCGGUGCACAAUAUAAGGAAGUUGUCUAUGAAGUGGAUAUCUACGCUAUUCCGAGCGUUGAAGAAAGGAGAGAAAUUUAUUUUAUUGCCAUUAUAGAUGUGCUAACACAAUAUGGUGUAAAAAAACAGGCCGCCAAAGCAGCUAAAACUGUGAAGUAUGGAAGUAAUGUAGAUGGAAUUUCUACCUGUGAUCCCGAACAAUAUGCCAAACGAUUUCUUGACUUCAUGGACAAAGCGAUCGAGUAAUUAAUUGCUUCCUUGUAUGCGUAUGCUGGUGCCCAUUUUUGAAGAUGAACUGUAAACUGAAAGAAAUAUAGCCCUAAAUAUGCAUACGCCGUGCGAAUUUAGUACAUAUAUUUAUGCUGUUAUUAAUGGUUAUCGACAAUUUAACUUUGAUUAACUCUUUAGUAGAUUUGUCACUUUGAAGCUUUUUCUUUUCCCUAGAAUUUAAUUUUUGUUUAAUGACGCAGGGUAAUGAUGAUGAUAAUGGUGAUGUAAUGAUAAGCAUUGAGCUCCUAAAAAGAAUGCCGCGCUAUCAUUGUUGGUUCGAAAGCCAGUAAUAAAUAUCGCAUCUUAUACCUUCAUCGCAAUUCAGAGAAAUUAUUGCAUUCCAUUGGGCUCAAGUUUGCCCUGUGAUGGCUGCCUAGAAAACCCGACAUCUGAUUUAAAUACAACCUUAUUGUAUUUUCAGUUUCAUUUCAUUUCCAUACAAAUAAUAUUUCAAAUAACAUGCAUUGAGUAACAUCUUCUGUAUUAAUAAAAUUAUAUUUUUAUUAUCUUAAAGUAACUUUAAUGGAACAACGUCUCUUUAAAUUUAUUCCAUAAAAAAAUCUGAAUAAAGUCACGAAAUUAAUUUCAUUAUAGAAAACGCUAAUUGAUAUAUAUUCGGGAAAAUUAUAUGAGGGCAUGUAGGUUAAUAUUUCGAUUUUACGUGAACAAUUGUUUUACUGUUCUGAAUUUCAAACCAAAAUUCUUAUCCGUAUCGAGAAGAGGAGGAUAUGUUCGUAACAAAUCUAUCUGCACUAAUUUAAGUAGGUUGCUAGAUAACCAAAAUGAGAUAAUUGAGGUGAAGAACACCCGGACACGCGGAAACUAAAAGUCCGUUUCAUGGCUGCAUUUUUAAUAUUGCUUUUUUAAAAUGAAAAUGAAAAAAAAAUCAUUUAUAUUACAAUAUAUUCGUAAAUAAAUUACAAAUGUAUUUUUUCACAAAUUUUUGAAAUGAACAUAUCUGGAGGAAUUGGCUUGUAAUUAAGAUUUGUUUGUUAGUCAUUAACCAUUUAUGAAUUCUGUAAUACGUAUCGAGAUUUUAAAUUAACAAAAAAAAUUAAAAUAAAAAAUAAAACUGAA